CGCUGGCUGUCAGUGUGGAAGGCGGACGGGAGCUAAAAACGGCUCAGGAGCAUGGCCGGGUGCGUGCAGGGAAUAGCAAUGAGAAUCGCACAGCCACACUUGGGUUCUCCGCUGAAAUCUGAGACGGAGGCUGAUGGAAAACAUCCAAGAGGGUGGCAAACGCGCAGCAAACAGGUUCUGUGGCUCCGCCGAGGAGCUGCUGCGUGAGGAAACGGCAGGAGGAGGAAGCGAGGGAGUGGAGGAAAGAACCAAAACCAAACAAGGAAGACAAGCCGGGGCGAGAUUCGGUGAAUGACUGAAGUGAAGGGAGCUGGAGGAGGAAAUGACAUUCAGUGGUGUUUUUCUCAGGUGAAAGGCGCUGUAGAUGAUGAUGUAGCAGAAGCGGAUAUAAUUUCUACAGUAGAAUUUAACCAUUCUGGAGAGUUGUUAGCAACAGGAGACAAAGGAGGUAGAGUUGUCAUCUUUCAACAGGAGCAGGAGAACAAAACCCAGUCUCACAGUAGAGGAGAAUACAAUGUUUACAGUACCUUUCAAAGCCAUGAACCAGAGUUCGACUACUUGAAAAGUUUAGAAAUUGAAGAGAAGAUCAACAAAAUUAGGUGGUUACCCCAGAAAAAUGCUGCUCAGUUUUUAUUGUCUACAAAUGAUAAAACAAUAAAGUUAUGGAAAAUCAGUGAAAGGGACAAAAGACCAGAAGGUUAUAAUUUAAAGGAAGAAGAUGGACGGUAUAGGGAUCCUACUACAGUUACAACACUACGGGUGCCAGUAUUCAGGCCCAUGGACCUCAUGGUUGAAGCUAGUCCACGAAGAAUAUUUGCCAAUGCUCACACGUAUCACAUCAAUUCCAUCUCCAUUAAUAGCGAUUAUGAAACGUACUUAUCUGCAGAUGACUUGCGGAUUAACCUGUGGCACCUAGAAAUUACAGACAGAAGUUUUAAUAUUGUAGAUAUUAAGCCUGCCAACAUGGAAGAGCUCACAGAGGUGAUAACAGCUGCCGAGUUCCACCCAAACAGCUGUAAUACGUUUGUAUACAGCAGCAGUAAAGGAACGAUUCGUCUCUGCGACAUGAGAGCAUCAGCACUCUGUGACAGGCAUUCAAAAUUGUUUGAAGAGCCAGAAGAUCCUAGCAACAGAUCAUUUUUCUCUGAAAUCAUCUCUUCCAUAUCUGAUGUCAAAUUUAGCCAUAGUGGUCGAUAUAUGAUGACUAGAGAUUAUCUGUCAGUGAAGAUCUGGGAUUUAAAUAUGGAAAAUAGACCUGUGGAAACAUACCAGGUGCAUGAAUACCUCAGAAGUAAACUUUGUUCACUGUAUGAGAAUGAUUGCAUUUUUGACAAAUUUGAAUGCUGUUGGAACGGAUCAGACAGCAUUGUCAUGACAGGAUCUUACAACAACUUCUUCAGAAUGUUUGACAGAAACACAAAGCGAGACAUCACCCUAGAGGCAUCCCGGGAAAACAAUAAACCCCGUACGGUUUUGAAGCCCCGCAAAGUAUGCGCGAGUGGUAAGCGAAAGAAGGAUGAAAUCAGCGUCGACAGCCUAGACUUCAACAAGAAGAUUCUACACACAGCCUGGCAUCCCAAGGAAAACAUCAUCGCUGUAGCUACUACAAACAACUUGUAUAUAUUUCAAGACAAAAUGAAUUAGGGUUGGCAUUCCUAACUGAAGAGUCCACUUCCUCCAUAGUUGAAAUAGUUGAAUCUAGCAUUUGUACCUGUAAAUGAAAGAGAAUGAGAGGUCCAUUAUGGCACCCCUUUCCAGUGUUUAAAAACGUGCCAUAUGACAACACACUUUUAUAGCUACAUGGAGAAAGCUCUGUUGAUCCGUCACUGCGUUCUUCAUGUCUGCUAGCCAUUUAGGUGAGGAUAGGGCACUUUUUAAUUUAAAUGACUACUUGCACCAUCUUGCCUAAUGGACUAGAUUGGACUGUAUCAACAUCGGUUUACUCCACUUUUUAUGCCUUCCAUUGUGAUGACGUCAAACACAGGGAAAGCCUUCAAUCAUGCUAUGGGAUUUAAUUGUGUAACCUCAUUACUGUAUCAUUCGUGGCCCCUUUUUUUUAUUAAAUACAGCUCAUUCUUGCUGUGGCUUGUAGCAUUCCUCCUCCUUCUGGCCUCCUGGACUCCCCCUUUCCCUUUCAUCCCCCUCCACCUCACCUUGGUGGUGGUGUAUAGAAAAUACAAAAUAAAGCACAUGAAAUGGGUCCGUUUGGGGUCAGUGGUAAAGGGGGUCUGUGUUGCAACAAAUGUUUUAAUAAACAGUUGACUGUAAUCACUCCUUGCCAUGUCUGGCACCAAAAAAAAGAGAAAAUAAGGAAAAAAAAACAAACAAACUACUGAAUAAAAGUGACAAAGAAUGGAGAAUCUGUUUUCUUUUUUUUUUUAAUCUACCUCUUUAUACAAAUACUCUGUGUUUUACCUUAGAUGCAUGGAAAUAAAAUGAUGUUUUUUGUAAUGAUUUUAA